UCUCUACACAUACAUAUAUACAGAUAUCUCUCUACACAUACAUAUAUACAGAUAGGAUUAUUGAAAGAUUGAUUGAAUUGGAGAUCUGGUAGAAUAGAAAGAAUGUCAAUUCAGUUCAAAUUUAGGAGCUGUUUAAACUUUGAUUCUGUUGAUGUAGAUGGUAGGCCGUCUAUAUCGUUGUGGGAACUGAGGAAGAAGAUCAUGCGCCACAAAAAGCUCAGCAUUUGUCAGGAAUUUGAUCUCAUUUUCUCAGACGCCCUCUCCGGCAAAGAGUAUAAUGACGACAAUGUACAGAUUGCGAGUGGGUCAAGUGUAAUUGUCAAGAGAGUUCCUGCUGGAACGAUGCCUUCAGCUGCUAAGCCACCAAUUGGUACCAUGAAGGAUUUAGGGCUGAAAGAUGCUGAUCCUGUUAAUCAUGUGGUUGGGCAAGCCAAUGUGUUUGAUGACUUUGGGAAUGACAUUUGUCCAGUGGCUGAGGGAACAUUUCUUGGCAGUGAUAUAGGAUAUGGUAAUAAGAACUGCCGGGACUUUGAAAAAGAGAACCUCUCUGGUCCAAGGGUGGUAAGGUCCAAUUUUCCAGCUGUUCCCGGUAGUGGUUUGCAUGUAGAACUGCAAUGCCCUCUCUGCAAUAAUUUCUUGAAGGAUGCUGUGCUGAUACCUUGCUGCCAGCACAGUUUUUGUGAGAAAUGCAUUCGGCUAGCUCUUCUUGAAAAGGCAAUGUGCCCAAAAUGCCUUUCUAUUAGAUGUAGAGUGGAAGAUCUGCUACCGAAUUUAUCUCUCAGGCAAGCAAUUGAGCAUUUUCUUGAAUCCCAGAUGGUUGUCGCCGAGUCAGAAAAUGCUUUACGCAGAUAUGCUCCAGAUGGUGAAUCUGGAAUUCAUGUGAGGGAUGUUUGUUGUGCUGUAACUGUUGUACAACGGGAACCGGAGAUGCCUCAGUCACCCUCAGCUACUGGAGAAGGAUCCAAUCAAGUUAUGGCAGAAUCUUUAAAUGACUCACUUAUUAGGAAAAAAGCGUUGGCAAGGACAAUGCAACAAAUGGAUGGAGGAAGAGGUCGAUAUGCUAAUCAUUGGAAUUUGCCAAGUGUAACUGAUGAUCCAGAAGAUUGUCAGGGUGAAAGCAAGCCUAUUAAUUGCCUUUAUUCCCUUGUUCAGGAUGAAGCUGAUUCUUCCAUCAAGAAGAAUAAGGACCACUUCUGUGACACAAGAAGUGGGGACAUGAAUUUUGUGCCUGCUGGCAGAGUUAAAAAGGUACAACUUUUGUCAGCACACUUAGUACUGUUUUAUGGUGUUUUCAAGUGGAAUUGUUUGUUAUGA